AUGGCUUCGCAAGCCGCCAUCUUCGCCGAGACAAUCGCUGGAAUGAAAAAGGCGGUUAAAAGAAAAGACUAUGAUUCCGACUCCGACGAUUCGAUUGAGGAACUUACAAACCGAGGAAACAAAUUGAAAAGAAAGUCGAGAUUUGUUCGCGAGGGUCAAUUAGCUCCGCCCUCGGGGCCGCAAGUCUACAGGAAGAAAAUUGAGCACGCUGGGUAUUAUCGAGAUACAAUAAGUCAAAAUCCACCACUUAUCGACGACGAUGGAUACGACGUGGACAGUGAUGAAGACGACGAAAGAACACAAGCUGCAAUUAAUGCAGCCACCGAACUAGAUCCAUAUGCAGAUGUGAAGAUUGAAGAUCUUCUAAUGCCACUUACGAGCGCGUCCGACCUGCCUAAUCACCCUACUUUGUCCAAACCAUUCGUCUCAAAUACACUCACAGAACUCACUCAGCAUGCAGGAAACAUGGUUCAGAAAGAGAAAGCUUCAUUAUGGCGGAUAAAGCAUCUUCUCACAAGACUCAGCGGAGAUAAUACUUGGAUACCUUGCGAGAGCGUUGAAGCGGAAGAUGAUGUUAAUCUUUUCUUUGAUGAACGAGAAAAGAUCCGAGCGCAUAUUGGGAAGCUGGUUGCAAAGGAUGACGCCGAUCAAGCAUCUACAGGAACCCUUGUUUCCGAAGAGGCAGAGAAUGUUGGACUGCUGGAAAGCGUGGCUCACGCAACCCAGACUGCUCUGGAAACCCUCAAGGAACCAAAUGCCAUCAACAACGGACUAUCAGCAUCCGAUGCUGCGCGGGGUCAAGUCGCGAAAGUCACGCACCCGAGUGUUGAUCAAGUAAAUGGGUCGGGCGAGUCCACAAAACCAAAAAGUCCUCCCAUACCGAGUCAGGCCAUGGAAGAUCGGGGAGAAACUGGAUAUGGGGAGACAAAUGAGACUGUGGACGAAGUGAUGGAUAUGGAGGUAGCCGUGAAAGAAGCCGUAGCUCAGAUCGAGGGAAACGAGAUACGCCCGGUGGAAGAAGUAGGCGAUGUGGAUGUUGAUGCGGGCACUGGAGACACAGAAGAGGUUCCGGCACCGCGUCGAAUGAGAACUCGCGCUCAAGCACAAGCCGCUUCAGACAAUACGGCGUCAAGCAGAACCAGGUCAGCAUCACCGGACUCUGAUACUGAUGGCUUUAUACAUCCCUACUUUUUAGCACCAAAAUUUUCGCAUCCAGACCGCGAUUGUGGCCUUCCUGCCAACGAGGCGGAGGAGACCCGCAGAUUAUUGCAGCUAUAUAUUCAAAAGCAGGAAGAAGUUUGUCGCGGCGCCCAGAGGAUAUACGAGGGGCUGUUAAGAGCUGACCGGUACCGCCAGUUGGUUAUGAAAUGGGCCAAGGCCGAAGCUCACGUAGGUGUAAAUCGAGACAUGUCCGAUGGAGAGGAUUGGUAUGAUAAAGAGGAAUGGCAAUUGGAUGAGGAUCUAAAGAAAGGACAAGACGAGGAGGAAGAAGAUGCUGCUACGACAGCUAAGAAAACAAGGACGAGGCGGCAGUAG